AUGUCUUCCUCUCAAUUAUUCUUAGUGUUUCUCCUCGGAGUUGCACUCUUUGCCACUCAAUCAACUCUCGCCGAUUACUCUAAGCCUCCAGUUUACCCACCAAAGACUCCCAUCUACAAGCCUCAUCCUCCUCCCGUGGAGAAGCCCACUAAGCCACCACCAACCCCGGUGUAUGUCAAGCCUAAGCCACCACCAACCCCGGUGUAUGUUAAGCCUAAGCCACCACCGACCCCGGUGUACGUGAAGCCUAAGCCACCACCGACCCCGGUGUAUGUCAAGCCUAAGCCACCACCGACCCCGGUGUAUGUCAAGCCUAAGCCACCACCAACUCCAGUUUACGUGAAACCAAAGCCACCACCGACCCCAGUUUACGUGAAGCCUCCUCCUACGGAGAAGCCUAAGCCACCACCGAGUUACGGUCGCCACCCCGGACACCCUCCGGUUUAUGGGAAGCCCCCGAGUCCUGGCCAUUAUUGA